AUGACUGUCAUUCUGGUCCUCUCGCUACUAGUACUGGCACUAGCUGCAACCAGCUCUGCUGGGCCUACGCCUACAUUUCCGCCUGUGGGAUCGAUUCCUCGAGACUUUUCUGCUGCUGGUCUUGAAGCUAUUUGGGACUUGGUUGGACCAGUGCAAGCUCCCCCAUUCACCACAACUGUCGCUCCCACAAGCACAACAGUGGCAUUGCCAUCAUCUCCGCCUCCAUUAUACCCCUCUUUCUACGCGCCAGCGCCCAAAGAUAUUCUCCCCGGCUUGAAGUUUCCACCAGGUUUCAAGUUUGGCGUCGCAACCGCUGCUUAUCAAGUUGAAGGCGCAACAAAGAACGAGGGAAAGGGUCCGACUCUGUGGGACUGGAAUAGCCGCCAGCCCGGCGCUGUGUUCGAUAACACCACAGGCAUGUCGAAUUCCUUCAGUUUUUCUGGUGUUGUUGAUUUUUAUACAGGUGAUAUCGUUGAUUUGCAAUACUACUUGUACAAGGAGGUCGCCAAUCCAUCCUGGUGUCUGCCUCACGCGUUGAUCGAUGUUGGCAGGAUGUCCUCAGAGUUGCUGCGCUCGGCGUCAAUGCCCAUUCCUUUUCCUAGUAUCUCUUGGGCCCGUAUCCUGCCCUUCGGUACAAAAGACUCGCCAAUUAACCAGGCUGGAUUGAAGCACUAUAGCAACUUGAUCGACUAUCACAUCGCUCAUGGCGUUGAACCAGUCGUCACUUUGUUUCACUGGGAUACACCCCUCGCAAUGUCAGCCUACUAUGGUGGCUUUACCUCACCAGAAGUUGUCGAGGAUUUCAUCAACUACGCCAAAAUCGUAUUUGCCGCUUACAAAGGACGUGUCAAGACAUGGUACACAUUCAACGAGCCCAGAGUUUUUUGCAUGGGCACUGGCCUUUAUCCAUUUAAUAUGUCCCUAGCCUCAGGCGUCAAUGCAUCGACGGCACCGUACCAGUGCUCUUACAAUCUCAUCAAAGCUCAUACUGGCGCUGUCAAAGCAUUCAGAGAAAUGAGAAUCCCGGGUGAAAUCGCACUGAAAAGCGAUGAUUUUAUUGGGAUUCCGUGGCGGUCCAACUCGACUGACGACGCGCUUGCAGUUGAGCGCCAUGCCGCCUUCCGUAUUGGAGUAUUCGCAGACCCACUCUAUAAAACGGGUGACUGGCCAAAAAUUAUGACCGACACCCUCCCACCUGAGUACCUACCACGUUUCACUGAACAGGAGAAAAAGGACAAUCUUGCCUCUGCCGACUUUUUUGCAAUUGACGCCUAUCGAGAACAGUUUGUCGCAGCUCCGUUAGAUGUCGGCGGAGUGAGCGGCUGUGUUCAUAACACUGCGCAUCCGUUGUGGCCAGAAUGCAGCUCUGCUGUGUUUUUUGACUCGAAUGCAGGUUGGGCUGCCGGUAUUUCGCCUGAUCCGCUCAGCGAAGUCUGGCUACAAGCCACACCUAAUACAAUUAGAUCAUUUUUGAAACGGCUUCAUGAACGAUGGCCGACGAAUAAACUGUACAUCUCCGAAUUUGGAUUUGUUGAGCCAUUUGAAGAGCUAAGGACCGAAAUGUUUCGUAUCACGGAAGAUGUCGCACGUACCGACUACUUCAUGACAUACCUCGGCCAAGUCCUGCUCUCAAUCCAUGAGGACAGAGUUCCGAUUGCGGGUGCAUUUGCUUGGUCGAUGGUCGACAACGCAGAAUGGAACAGUGGAACCAGCGCCAAGUUUGGUAUCCAGCACGUUAAUUACACAACACUGGAGCGAACUUACAAGCGGUCGGCGCUCUCCCUUGCGGAAUUUUUCGGCGCUCAUCUUCAGCAUUGA